AGUCUGAGCUGCUGUUUUUUUAAAAUCCGGCUGGGAUGUGAUCAGUUAUGUCCAAUCACAGCUGAUCGCAUAGGAGAGCAGAGCCGGUAUUCAGCAUCCCUCAGAGGGGACAUGUGCACUGAUCUGUGUAGCCCCAGCAGCACCACCUGUCAGUGUCCAUCAGUGCCAGCUGUCAGUGCUCAUGCAUGCCACCUGCCAGUGCCUAUCCAUGCCACAUCAAUGCCACAUUUCAGUGCCUACCAGUGCACAUCAAUGUCACAUAUUAGUGCCCAUCUGAGCUGCCUUUCAGUGUCACCCAUCAGUGCCAGUCAGUGCCACCUAUCAAUGCCAGUCAGUGCCACCUAUCAGUGCUGCCAAUCAGUGCCACCCAUCAGUGCCAGUCAGUGCCAGUCAGUGCUUCCUAUCAGUGUGCAUCAGUGCCGCUUAUCAGUGCCCCUCAGUGCUGCCUAUCAGUGACGACUAACAGUG